AUGUUCUCCACCUUCUCCGCCAAUCUCAACUCCACUGAUCGCCCCUCGGAGAAACCCGCCGCCGCACCUCGUCCCAAGCGUAAUCAAGUUGUGCGAGCUUGCGACUGGUGCCGUCUCAAUCGCAUCAAGUGCGACGACAAACAGCCUUGUCAGAAUUGCCGGAACCAUGGCGGCUACUGCAGUAAUACCAAGCAAUUUGAAGCCCCUUCACUCCCUGCCGCGAAUCGGGAGAUACAUCGUUUGCGCAACCGACUCAAGGAUUACCAGGAGCAACUGGAUAAAGUAACCGAGGAGUCAAAAAGGCACGCGACAGACGCCGAAUCCCCGUCCCGACAAUCCUCCAAUGCCUCCAAUUCCACCUCUCCCGGUAUCGCAUUUUUCAUGGAGCUUCCACAUUCGCAUCGCAAGACAUGGGACGGCCUUCAAAAGCCGGAGUCGCGAACGGGUCGGCUGAUCCAUUAUGGCCCUCUCUCCUCGUCGUACAUGGUGAUGCGUUUGAACCGGUAUAUGUCCGAAUCGUUCAACCAACUACAUCUCAAAUCUCUUCUUCCGGUCCGCCUCUCGCAGCUACACCGUCACUCACCCACCGUUUCACAGGAGCAGUUGUCGGACGAAAUGGAACCUCCCAGCCUUCGUUUGGGACUGGCCGAGGUGGAGGACCUCUCGCGAGAACAAGAAGAGCACUUCCUGGUCCUUCUGUGGCAGGCCUAUCAUUGCAUGUACCCCAUUGUUGCAGAAGAGGAAUUCCGAGAGUACUACGGUUCUCUUUGGGCUGGAACCAACGGACAAGCCCCGCGCCAGCCCUCCGCUCUUGUGGAUAGCUUGUUGGCCGUCUGCAUGCAGUACGGCAGCACUUUUCUGGUCGACGAUGAGGACGUGACGAAUGGCGAGACAGAAACGCAGGCUGCCAAAUGUACUACCGCCGCGCAUACUUUCUACCGUCGGAGUCAGCGCGCACUGAUGGAGUCCUUGGAGCAUCCUUCGAUCCCGUCCCUGCAGAGCCAUAUUUACUGCAUCAUCUACCUAUACAACACCGCGAAUCUAGACACCGGUCAUGCUCUCCUCGGACUGGCCAUUAGAGUUGCUCAGAUGUUGCGCUUGCACAUACGUCCUCUGGGGCCUCUCCCGAAAACGACGCAGGAGCUGUAUUCUCGGAUCUGGUGGACGUUGUACCAGUUGGACAGCCAGAUCUCGAUGACUCUCGGCCGCCCGCCGCUGAUCAAUCCGAAUGAGGUCGGAUGUGCGAUACCCACAGACAUGGGUGACGCGGUGCAAUUGUCACCCACGGUGUUAAUAUCGCCUCCCGAAGAGGAAAUAGGUUGGCUCAGCUUCCACGUACAGUACAUUCGCCUGAUGGCCGCGGCGCGCGGGGUCAACGCUGCGUUUGGUGCGCGCUGUGCCGAAGUGUUACAGACGAAAAAUAUCCAAGAUAUCCAUGAGGAUCCACCCACCCUCGAGCUGCUCGGAAGCUUUCUGGGAAGCGGAGUCCGUGCGAUGUACGACUGGGUGCAGACCGUGCCGCGGUCUCUCAAGAAUCAACGCAAGGGCUCAGGCGAGGCUUUUUCGACAGACCGUACGUCACUCAAUCUGAAUCCUGCGAGCCCGCUCUGGUUGCAACGUCAACGGCUUCUCCUGGAGAUCAUAUAUCACCAUCUUCAAAUCGCCACCUUUCGUCCCUUCAUCCGCUUUCCUCCGCGUGGCGCGUCCCUCACACCACUGUCAGAUAGUCAUAGUAUUUCUGCUCUCAACCACGCUGUUGUGGUGACCAAUAUAUUAAACCAGGUCCUGUCGGAGACGGAUCUACUUUGUGGAUGGACGCCAGCUUUCCAGUAUCAGUGGGAUGCUACCAUCUGCAUCCUAUCAUUUGUGGUGGCAAACCCUGUGUGUCCUCCAACGCCAGCCGCGCGCAAAAUCUUGCCGAUGGCUCUCCGGAAUCUAGAUACUCUCGGCCAGUCUUUUACCCCUGUCGCUAAUACCAUUCAGGUUGCCUGGGAGCAGUUCCGUUCCAGCUCAACCCCGCGUGGGUGGUCCCAGCUCACGCCUCCAAGCCAGAGCGCCUCAGACACAGCUGUGCUGCCCCCGGUGUCGGUGCGGUCUUCCACUGGCAUCAUCACCACCACUAGGAUGCCCAGCAUUGGACCGGGUGUGAUUACUUCCACCUCACAGCCAAUCGAUCCAUUUUCUGCAUUGCUAACCCCGACCAAUCUGCCAUCCAAUAUGAUGCUGGGGAACGACUUUUCCGAUCCGGCCACCAUCACUCCCCCAUUGGAUUUCAUGGACACAUCUUUCAAUCUACCCAGUGAUCUGUUGGUAGGAACUGGUACACAGUGGAUGUCAAAUGGUGCGAUGUCGUUGGAUUCCUGGGAGGAAUAUGGGUCUCAAUGA